GCUAUAAAGCAAAGGCUCGACGUCGUCUGCUUUGUUGGGACCACAGACUGUACGGGACCAUCGAUGCUACCACUUUCAGGACUCUGCUGCGUAUUGCAAGACAUCCAGAGGAAUAUCCACAGUCUUUUUCAGCUAUUAGACAUUGUUGUGUUGUUUUGAGUCCACGGACAGGGCUCGUGUCGCCGUGUGUACGCUUCAGACGACCGAAGUGAGGAUCCCCUGUAUAUAAACAAAACGCAGCGAGUUGCUUUUUAAGGUGGCACGUCAGAGACAGCUGCAACAACAAGACUUCGACUAUCGCGUGUGAAGUGAGCUAACUUGGUGUUGGCGGCGGUGGCAGCCAUGGAAAUUAAGAUACAGCUUUGUUAGGAGGUGAACUCCAGGACGGGCGCGUGCGAACAUGAGAGGAGAGGACGGUUUGUUGUCAGGAAGGCAGCUCAUGGCAAGUGAGAGACGGGGUGAACAUCCCUGCUGCUGCUGCCCCUAUUUGACAGAGGAGGAAGGAGCACUUGCUAUCAACAAGGGUGACCUGAGGCCCCCUGGUCAUUUGUCCGCCUCUAAGUAGUGGAAAAUCAGACUUUGGCACGACAUGGAGACGGUGGGGAAAUUUGAGUUCAGUCGAAAGGACCUGAUAGGACAUGGCGCAUUUGCUGUCGUCUUCAAAGGCAGACACCGAGAAAAACAUGACUGGGAGGUGGCAGUUAAAUGCAUAAACAAGAAGAACCUGGCCAAAUCCCAGACACUGUUGGGGAAAGAGAUCAAAAUACUCAAGGAGCUGAAACACGAGAACAUUGUUGCAUUACUGGACUUUCAGGAAACUGCCAGCUCAGUGUACCUGGUAAUGGAGUACUGCAACGGGGGCGACCUUGCCGACUACUUACACUCUAAAGGCACGCUGAGUGAGGACACCAUUCGGGUUUUCCUGCAGCAGAUUGCAGGGGCCAUGAGGGUCCUACAGGGCAAAGGCAUCAUCCACAGGGACCUCAAGCCCCAGAACAUCCUGCUCUCCUACCCACCAGGACGCAAGUCACACUCAAACAACACCUGCAUCAAGAUUGCGGACUUUGGCUUUGCCAGGUACCUUCAGAACAACAUGAUGGCGGCAACACUCUGUGGGUCCCCCAUGUACAUGGCUCCUGAGGUCAUCAUGUCCCAGAACUACGAUGCUAAGGCAGACUUGUGGAGUAUAGGGACCAUAGUGUUUCAGUGUCUGACUGGGAAGGCUCCUUUUCAGGCGAGCAGUCCCCAGGACCUCCGGCUGUUCUAUGAGAAAAACAAGACUCUCAGCCCCAACAUUCCCAGAGAGACUUCGAGCCAUUUGAGGCACCUGCUGCUGGGGCUGCUGCAGCGCAACCACAAGGACCGCAUGGACUUUGAUGAGUUCUUUUGUCAUCCAUUCCUGGAGGCUAGCUCAUCCAUGAAAAAGACAACUCCUACUGUGUCCAUGACCUGCUUCCCAAGCUCUGCAUCAGCCAGCUCUUGUAGCAGCUCGUCCACCUCUCACCUCGCCUCGCCACCGCAGUCUCUUGCUGAGGUUCAGCAUAUGCGUGCCAAAGCUUUGGCCUCCCCUACCCAGGAGGCUGCUGGUUUUCUCCUCAAGGACUCGUCUGGAGGGGGCGGCAGCAGCAAGAACUCCUCCUCCUGUGACACGGAUGACUUUGUCAUUGUGCCUGCUCACUUCACCACGGGAGAGCUGACAUGUGAGAGUAAAGUGCUGCCGGACAGCCUCAUGAACAGCGGCUCUCUUCUGGCUUCUGCUGGCCUGUGUAGCCAAGUCAAAACACCACCACACUCACCUUCCUGCAGCGGGUCUCCAAGUCCUGUCAGGCCCAGCGAGUUCUCGGGAAGUAACUACGGGGGUAGCUAUGGCAACCAUGGUCAGUCAUUGCCUAUCCCAGUCCCCACCCAGGUCCAGAACUACCAGCGCAUGGAGCAGAACCUCCACUCCACCAAACAGGACGGCUCACCACGGCUGUCGACACCGGUGCGUCGUUGCAGCAGUGGAAGCUCGCUUGGCUUUGGUCGGACCGGACCUUCACCACCCUAUGGGCAAGGCACAGUCACCACCAAUCGCAGGCUCUCCCUGGGAGGCGCCAGACCUUUCCAGCUCUCCCCUCAAGCUCCCCAGCAUAUUGAACCCCGCCUGACUCCUCAGCAUCACCCGCAGACGGCAGGACUGGGCUCACGGCUCCACAGCGCCCCCUGUCUGUUGGAGUGUGCCAGUGGCGGUGGCAGGCAGAAGAUCAGGAAGCAGCACUCAGACCCUGUGGGGGCUCCCUCGGUGGGCCUGAUGACUGGCCGACCUCUACACUCUUCACCCAGGCUCAGUGAGCUCAUGCAGCGUAACCCCCUCCCCACCAUCCUGGGCUCUCCUUCCAGGGCCAUCCCUCCAUUUGAAUUCCCCAAGCCUCCCAGCUCUCCGAAUCUCAUGACCUUCCUGACACAACAGGGUUUGGUCAUCGGCUCCCCUUGCAGCAGGACUGCCCCAGGAGAGCUCAGAGAUGCAGGACAACAAGCACUAACACAGGUCACCCCGUCGGCCCACUGCGUCCACAGACUGAAUGAUGAUACCAAGGGCUUUGGAAGGUCUCAGAGUGCCGGUCGACUGUCUGACAUGCUGCUGAUGGCUGCGUUUGGACCAGGUGGACCGGCGGGUGAUCGAGGCAGCACAGAGAAUCUGACCUCUGAUAAAGCCAUAGACAUAAUAGUGCCCCCUAGUGGUGGGGGAGGCCUUGCACCCGGCUCCAUCAGCCCAGCACAGGUGGUCUUCACUGUGGGCUCUCCUCCCAGUGGCAGCACCCCUCCUCAAAAUUCCAGACAGAGGAAAUACUCAGGCUCGUUCACGUCAGUCAGCCCCGCAGGCUCCUACACAAGCCGCUACCCCCAGACAGCCACCUAUCUGGAUGGCUUUGAGGCUCCUUCUAGUCCUCGCUACAGUUUCACUGAUCCUAUCAGAGCCAACAUGGGCGGCCCUGUAACCUUUGAGGCACCUGAGCUGCCUGAGGAGACGCUGAUGGAGCAGGAGCACACAGACACGGUGCAACGCCUGCGGUUCACGUUGGAUUUCGCCCGCUGUCUGAUGGAGGUUGCUGGAGCCCGCGGGGUCACGGCGUUAGGGGAGCAGGCAGACAUUUCUCAUCCCUCCCUCCUUCAGCAGCAGAGCCUGGUAGCUGAUCAGAUAAGCUCGCUGAGCCGAGAGUGGAGUCAUGCAGAGCAGCUGGUUCUCUACCUGAAGACUGCAGAGCUCCUGUCCACUGCCUUACACACGGCCAUGGAGCGAGUCAAACAGGGCAAACUUUACCCAUCCUCCACAGUCAAACAAGUAGUGAGGAGGCUGAAUGAGCUGUACAAGUCCAGCGUGACGUCCUGCCGCUCACUCAGCACCCGUCUGGAGCACUUCUUUUCCAGGAAGCACCGUCUAAUGGACCAAAUCACCUCCAUCACGGCUGAGCGGCUGCUGUUCAGCCACACUGUGCAGAUGGUUCAGACUGCUGCACUGGAUGAGAUGUUCCACCAGGGGGAAGCGUCAGUCCUGCGUUACCAUAAAGCUCUCCUGCUGAUGGAGGGCCUGUCUCUGCUGCUCACUGAACAGGACGACAUCCUCAGUGUUAGCAAAUGUAAGGAGUGCAUCGAACGCCGCCUCACAGCUUUGCAGUCAGGACUCUGCGUCUGAGAGUCCCACGCUGCGUCUUGACGUGUGGAUAUGAUGUCAGUUAUUUGCACCCUGCACAUUCUCAACAAACCAAAUCUCCACCUACAUCUCAUGGUUUUCACUUAGCAAUGCUUCAGUUUUCACUGACAUGAAGCACUUGUGCAGUGAAGGAAUGUCUGCGCUCACAUCUGUGUGAGAGGACUUUGCUCCUGGUGCUGGAAAUGGAAGAUUCCACUCACUAGGUGUAACACCUGCAAGAGCAAUUAUUGCCAAGUAGUCACAUACCCACAUACAAUACUUAUCUAUAACAGAUAGCGUUAUAAGAUGGACAAAUAUCUGCGCUACCAAGUCGCAAAAGGCAACUUUAUAGACAAAAUCUUUUACCGAGAUGAGUCGCUGGAGGGAAUCUACAGUAUCUGCUGUACACCUACAUACAGUAAGGACGUGUGCUGAUGAAGAGCAGGAACGGCCAAGUAUCAUUCUCAUCAAAUGUAUGUUUGUCUUCUACCGCUUGUUUGCUUUCCUGGGCUUAUUUCGUUCUGGUAUUUAUCUAAUUGUUACUUGCUUGCUGAGGGGAAGUAUAAAUAGUAAUGCUACAUACAGUUGGUGGCUGGAAACGCAUGUAAGCACUAUCACAAAACUGUUGCCAAACAGAGUGUAGUUGUUUUUGUGUUAGCUUAUAUUUUAGACUCAUGGUAGACAACUAUGCUGGUUUGGAAAAAAAGAUCCCUGGGUUUCAUACUUUACCGAUUCUUCAUGUUUAAGACCAUUUUCCGUCACUUUAACAAUGAUGUAAUUGGGGUUUUCUUUUUAAAAUGGUGGCAGGUAUUAAGACAAGAUGGAGAAAAUGGGUCCAGAAAACACUCGCUAUCCCUCCGCUACAUGCAAAACAUAGCUUUUAAUCCACCAGAGACUGCGACUGCUCUGUUAGCAUCCCUGAUAUAAUCAUGUUAAAGAUGCUGCAAUAACCUGGGAUGUAUUCUUCAGGUACACAGAAGCUUCGGUGCUGCUGUUGCUGGCAAUUUUUUUCCCCACACAAUUCCAUAUUCUGUCUGAUUCCAUGUUAUCAAUCAAUCAUUUUUGGAGUAUAAUCACAUUUGAAUGUAGGUCUGUCAGGAGAGAAGCAGCGUUAAUAUUAGCCAAAUGUUACUAAAAUUUAGGUUCGUCCUGGGGUUAACGUCUGAAUGUUUUUGCACUGUUGAAGUACUGUAUCGAACCAUUCAGUUUUUGUAGAUAACCUUCUUUAGAGAUUUCUAUUCCAUACUUUUAUUGCAGUUUUAGUUGUGUUAUAGUUGCUGUCAAAAGGCGGCGUGUGUUAGAUGUGAGAAUGCUGACGAAGAGAUGGUAUAAGCUACGAAACCUUAGGAAGAUUUCUUUAAGAAGAAAAUGGAAAAAUUGCUUUACGCUGACAAAAAAGAUUUGCGUUGGUUGGGUUGUGUUCAGUUUCCAAGAUUUGAAAAGUGACCUGUUGAUUUUACCUGAAAUAUUUGUGUUGUUGAUGUUGACCUCGGACACGCACUCUGACAGGAUACCUUUACCCCCCCUUGAAUUGUGGGCCAAUGGGAAGGGUCAACUUUGGUGUGCAUGCAUGCAUGUAUGAAUGCUGUUUGAUGUAUUAAUGGACAAUGGGGUGUGUUCAAUACAGAACUAGCGACAUCGCUCUGUAACAAGAUGUGAAUGGUUUGAUUUUGCUUAACUGCGUGGAUGAGGAAAGGUGCAACCAAGUACAACUUUCUGUGCCUGAGGUUUAUCUUCCUCUGCUUUUUUUUAAGUUAAUUAAGAUGGCGACUAAGUGCAUAUUUUAGAUUAAGGUGUUGAUGUGUGGCUAGGGCUGACAUUUUGUGAAGCCAGUAUAGUAGCAUUGUUAGCAGGACAGAAGAGAGGAAAGGUUUUCACAGUGAAGAUUUCUCUAAAUAUACGUGUAUUUGCUUUAUGGCCUUUUGUCAGAUUCGUAAAGUUUCUUUGUUUGAGUGAACAUUCCUAAUGUCAACUCAUCCACAGCCUCUCUGUCUCUGUCGUGUUCAGUCACUUUGUAACGAUGUCUUGAAAGAUACAGGUAGCAGACAGGGAUGACAUCUUAUUAUAACACAGAUGCAUGUGUCACUUUUUAUUGUUCCCUACAAUCAUUGCCAUUGGCCAUCCUAAUUAUGAGGAUCUGGGGGAGGAGUUAAUUUGUGAAGCAGUUGAAAUGAUUAAAGAGUGAAAUGAUUGGUGUAGGAAGUGCGGAGAUGUAUCCACUCUGCUGAAGUGUCCUUGAGCAAAACACUGACCCCCCUGACCAGCUCCAGGGCUACUGAUCAAAGUAUCAUGUAAACUUAAGAUGAAGUGUAAUGUUUGCACUCCCAUGAUAGAUCUGUCUUUGAUUUGGAUUUUUAUUUUUGUAUGUUUGCUACGAACAUACCUGAAUGUUUUCAUUUUGUGUGUUUUCACUUUACAGAUUCUGUAUUACCUGUAAAUAUUGUAAAUUAAGUUAUUGUUGUUAUUGUAUAUAUAUGACGCUGCAGGCAUGGAGAGAGAACAGUACCAUACCACCUAUACAUUUCCAAAGAAUAGGCCUUCUGCUGAUCUUCCAUAUUGUCUCUUUACUGUUGCAAAAAGCAUUUUAAUGUUGUCAUAUCUAUGACAGACACACUAUCUCAGUGUCCCUGUGUGUGAUGUAACCUUUACUGUUUGAGAGUUGCAACAUGAAUAAAGUGAAAGGAAAGGUAA